CCUUGGAGAUGGGAGAUCAACUAAUUAAGCCAUGUACGGCAUGAAGAGGUGCAUUGGGACGGCCAUCCUGCUGCUGCUUUGCCUCCACGCCACAGCGGAAGCCCGCCGCCUGUCCCCGUCCCCCGGCGCCGGCGUCAUCCGGCUUCCGAGCAACGGCAGAGUGAUGGCCCCCCCAGGUUAUCCUACGUAUACAUGUCAACUCAGGGAUUUCUGUCCAGAUGGCUAUUACUGGUGUUGCGUCGGCAUGGGGCUCCCUCUUCCCCGGUGCGGAUGCUUCAGUAAGAUAAGUGUUGGCCUUACUGAUCAUGCAAUUUCGGCGACGAAGAGCUCAGCGAGGAAGAUCGACGAGGAGAAGACAACGCCAAGGAGCUUCCAAGACCAAGUGAUGACCUCAGGUAUUCCUACUCCUACUGAUGGUGGUGAUACUGUCGGUUCCGUCGUGCAAGUAGCCCAAGAAAUGUUUGGUACGAGGGAAGAAGGACAGAAACCUGAAUGAAGACAAAAAGGAAGAAAAAGAAGCAGAAAUUACUGGGGGCGGGCAAUCCUCAUCAAGUUAAAGUCUUAUUAUUCACCUGGGAGGGACUAUGCAUUAUUAUCUAUUAUUUCCGAGACUGUCGCUGGGAGUUUGUGUGUGCUAGUCUAUGUGACCAGCGAUGGCAUUCUGUUUUUGUGAUUGUGUGCGGGCCAUCCUGCGUGAUGUCUUGUAUCUCUGAAACUAUCUUGUGUUUGACAGCGUGAGAAUUAUAAUUCAGUUACUUGUGUUUUGUACCUUGUGUCUAAUAAUAAUAUUCUAAUGAAAUGAAGAAAGUCUGUGUGUUUUCUAGUUAAA